AAGGGACACGCUCGUUCAACUUUUGUGCAUAUACACUAGGCUAACCGAUUUAAGGCCUCAUCCAAUUGAUCCCGCCCAAUUGUCCUUUCGCCCAAUUGUCCUUCCAACCAGCUCUCAACCUAAGCCCAUCCAGCCGACUUUACCAUCAUCAUGAGUUCCGAUAUGGCGGAGCGCAUCGCCAAUGCGCGGAAGGAGGCCGAAUUCCUCAAGGAUAAGAUCAGAGAGAAGAAGUCGGCUCUGAACGACACUUCAUUGAAGUCGAUGUCUCAGGAACUAGAGCCCUUGACCCGCAUUGGAAUGAGGAUUCGCAGGGUCCUCAAGGGCCAUUUGGCCAAGAUCUAUGCUAUGCACUGGGCCACCGAUAAGCGGCAUCUGGUCUCGGCUUCUCAGGACGGCAAGCUGAUUGUCUGGGACGCAUAUACGACCAACAAGGUCUACGCCAUCCCCCUGCGCUCGUCCUGGGUCAUGACCUGCGCUUACGCGCCUACUGGCAAUUUUGUUGCUUGCGGUGGUCUUGACAAUAUGUGUUCCGUCUACAAUCUGCGAACAAGAGAAGGGUCCGUCAAGGUUGCCAGGGAAUUGAGCGCGCACUCGGGCUAUCUCUCUUGCUGCCGAUUCCUCAACGACCGCCAGAUUUUGACCUCCAGUGGUGAUAUGAGCUGUAUGCUGUGGGAUCUGGAUGCGGGCAUCAAAUUGAUGGAGUUCAAUGACCAUACUGGAGAUGUCAUGAGCUUGUCUAUAUCCCCAGACCAACGCAUAUUUGUCACAGGAGCCUGCGAUGCCACGUCAAAGAUCUGGGACAUCAGAACUGCACGGUGUGUCCAGACGUUCACCGGUCACGAAUCAGACAUCAAUGCUGUCCAGUUCUUCCCAAGCGGCGAUGCAUUCGCCACUGGAUCGGAUGAUGCUUCUUGCCGACUUUUUGAUCUUCGCGCGGAUCGGGAAAUGAACAUUUACACGCACGACAAUAUUCUCUGUGGUAUCACCUCUGUUGCAUUUUCGAUUUCGGGUCGCUUGCUGUUCUCUGGAUACGACGACUUUAACUGCAACGUCUGGGAUACUCUCAGAGGAGAACGUGUGGGCGUGCUGAUGGGACACGACAACCGCGUCAGUUGUCUGGGUGUGGCAAGUGAUGGUAUGGCAAUGUGCACAGGAAGUUGGGACACGACACUGAAGGUGUGGUCGUAAGAACCCUGGCCGACCGAGAGAAAGACCCGUUUACCCCCGCAGGAGACACGCAUAUCCCAUUUAUUCGUUCAUUUGAAUCGUUUUUGCUGGUUUUUUUUGCAAACACCCUGUCCUAUCUUGUCAAAGUCCCUAUCUCAUCCCUUUUUAUUUCCGCCUACCUAUUAAAAUUAUACUAUUCAACUAACUUCAAUAUUAAGAAAAUAAAAUAAAAUAAAAUAAAACCAUGCUUGUAUGCAUCAGUC